UCUUUUCUUUGGAAUGGAUCGCCCAAGCUUGGACCGCCACAUACUCACCUCUCUCAUCGGACGAGCAGCGGCGCGACGACAAUCAUUUGGGUCGAAUCUUAAUCUCUUCUCUCGCUCCAUCGCCAGCCUGGGUUGGUUCAGGAGUGCCCCGAAUAAGAAGGUUGAGGUCGAACAAAGGAACGACACCAGCACAAGCUACAGCAGAUAUUAUGCCUUCGAUUGCCGGGUUCAUCCAGAGCCUCCUGUCGGAAGACAUGUACGCCACAGGGAUGCUGGAAAAGAUGGAUGAAAGGAUAUCGCAACUGAAUGCUGGUCAGCUUCGACUCCUCAUCAGCUUCGUCGAGAAUAAGGUUCCGGGGCUGACAAACCCCACUGUGCUAGACGCCUACACAAAGCUCCUUCGGAAGGCCACCGUCGAACGCGAGAAACGCCACGAAGAAGAGGUACACGGGGAGAGGGAGAGACUAAAGCAACUGAAGGCUGCCCACGCCGGUGUCAACGCGAAAGCUUGGGACACGUCGCACGCUAGCCUUGAUAAGGAGUUGGCCAAGUUCCAGAAGUUUCUCAAGUCUAAGGCGCGUCGCAUCGCCGAGGAACAGGUUUUGCAGGAAGAGAUGGAGAAGCUGCACAACCAGCUGAUGGCCCUGCCCGCCCGCCGAGCAGCAGCAGAAACGAAGAGACACGCGUGGUGGGCGUGCAGCGCCGUCCUUUUCGCCGUCGUCGGCCCCAUCUUGAUCCUGACCCUCGUGCCCGUCGGGGUCUUGAUCGCCGUGGGAGCGUUCCUCGCGACGUGCGUGCUCGCCGCGGUGUGCUGGUUCGUGGGUGUCCUGAGGGGCAUCGUGGUGACGCCCGCGUUGGACGACGACGCCAUCGAGGACAAGACCAGGAAGAGGGCCAAAGAAACACUCAAGGGGUACCGGGCGGAUGUACGGCGGACUUUUGAGGCCACCGAGGAGAUCUUCGCGGCGGAUAUGAAGUGGCGAGACGACUGGGCGGAGGCGCGGAAAAAAGAGCGCAGAAACGAGAGACGACAGGCCAAAGAAAAGGCCCUCCAGGAGAAGGAGGCAGCGGCGGCAACAGCAGCCGAAUCAAGAGCUCAAGGGGAUGAUCGGCUCUUUCGGGCCGGGAACUCGCGAAUAUUCCCGGACGAGGAAGAGGAGCAAGGGGUUCACAGCGAUAGGUGUAGCAGCGUCGGGCGAGCGGGUCCCGAGGCAGAAGAAAAAAACAGCGGCCGGGUACCCCCUGAGGAAGAGGGCGGGGGGGACAAAGGACACGGAAUUAGACCGACAGCAGCAGUCGUCCUGAAAACGUUACCCUGGACGAAUCAGGCGCUCGUGGAGGCUCGGUGGGGGGUGCUGACGCAGCCCCAGCGCUGGUCGAAGGGGGGCCUGCUGGAGAAACUAGCCCCGAAUCGAGUGCUUGGAAAAGACCCCCGGGCGACGGCGAUAGUAGAGGGUUUGUGGAAGCAGAGACAUCAUCGGGAGGAUAGGCGAGUAGAGACGCGCUGCUGCGGGGGGUUGGAGGAGGAAGAGGAGGAGGAGGAGGAACAGCAGCACAACCAGGUGGCACUACCCAGGGCGGGAUUUUCGAGCGCAACAAGCGGCGGAGAAUUGAGUGGCGGGGUGGUGCAGGAGACGGGGUGGCCGUCCGUGGGAGGGAACGCGGCGGUGGCAAACGGGGCUGGGACGGGGGGGUUGAACGGGAUAGCUCUGAGUGCGGACGAUGAAGGAAAGGGCGACAUGGCUGUGUAACCUAAGUUGAUUUGGGUUUCGUUUCAUGUCGACGCGGUGGAUUUGCAAAUCGAUCUGGUGCUGUUUUGUGAGCGUACCGGAGGGCGGGCAUAUCAUCUACUCCUGAUGUACAUACAUUGUGACGAAUGUCGGCGGAAAAUGGGUGGGGGAAGGUAUCCAGAGUGGUUGUGGCCGCUUCAAGUCAAUGUUAUGGAAAUAUAUGUCGCUCUCUCUCCAUAUUAUCAUCAGCUCAUCCCCUCCCGCCGUGACCCAGCUAGCACUAGUCCGACUACAUAACCUUGCUCGAAGAAUCCGUCCACUUUAAAAACGCGUUGCUAUGGUCAAAAACAGAUGAGUAAAUGGGCUGUACUUUGAGGACCCACCAUGUACAUUCGCACUCACGCUGCACGCUUGUUGCCCAGCAUAUCGUACACCAUCAAACGAUCGGAUCGCCCCGCCGGCUCGAACUCCCACAGCCCAUCUGGCGGGGAAUCAAGAGCUUACUCAUCCCAUUGAUCAGCUCCU